AGCAAUGACAGCAGCAGCGAGGGAGAGCGACUCCAGGAGGAGCUCUUGGCCCGGCUACCCGAAGGCGCGAGAGGCGCCCAGAAGUUUCCAGCGGGGCAGCUGCCCUGCGUCUCUCCUCCUACUCCUCCUCCUCCUGUUUGGCUCGGAGCGGCUAUUUCCAGACACUUCCACCCCCUUCGGUGUCCCCUCCCUCCUCGCCAUCGAGCGAUAAAGGUGCCCAGCCGGCCGGGGCCGCCUCGCUUGACUCUCCCAGCUCGUGGCCCAGCGGGCGCCUGCGCUGCUCCUCGCUCUCUCUUCGGCGCUUCCCGUCUCCCUCGCGCUCGCUCUCCGUCCGGCGCGCAGCAGCAGCAUGAGCACGGCCGCUCAGCCCCCCGCCAUGGUCCACCUGGAGCCCGGCGCGGGCGAGCGGGAGCCCCUGCCUCCGGGCUGGGAGGUGAAGGUGGAUCCGCAGACCGGCUGGCCUUUCUUCGUGGAUCACAACAGCCGCACCACCACUUGGAACGACCCGAGACUCAGGGGGAUCAAGCUUAAACUGUCUUCAUCAGCAAAUGGUCCAUCUCAAAAUAGUCCAAACCAGUCCCAAGUCAGAGACGGAAACAUGGGAUACCCAAAGCUUCGUGCUGGUUACAUCCCCAUUCCAGUCAUACAUGAAGGUGCAGAGAACAGACAGCAGCACUAUCCUGGCUAUCAGCCUAGCAUGCGAGCCAAGGCAGAAACCAUUCCUCCCACAGCGCGGGCCCCGUCACCUCUAAGAAGAAACUUUGUCCGUUCACAGUCCCCAGCUAGGGGAUUUGCAGAAGCUGCCCAAACAGAUAAACCUUGUGGACAGACAACAACAGCUGCACCAGUCCAAGUACCCCUCUCACAUAGAUCUGAGCAGUCACCAUCACCUGCACGUUCUGAGUCACCAACCCUUUCCCCUCAAUCACCAGGCAGGCCCAGUUCAGGAAGCCACCAGCUUCCUCGUGGAUAUAUUCCUAUCCCUGUUAUUCAUGAGGGGAAUUUUCCAAGGCAACCAUUACAAGUCCAUCAUCAAACACAGAAGACACAUUAUCCAGCUCAGCAGAGUGAUUACCAAGCUCACCAGCCGGUUUAUGGCAAAAUUCAGGUUGAUGAUCUGGAUCAGAGGCCACAACGGGCUCAGUCACCAAUCAGGGUGUCACAGAGAGGUUCAGCCAGUCGUGAAAGUUCACCAGGCAGAAUCCAGUCUCCGACUUCCAUAAGAAUACAGUCAGUUAGACCUCAGGCCUCGCAGCCCCAAGUGCCAACACAAGCAUCGCCACCAACUCUACCACCUGAUAACAAAUUUGAAAAGAAGACUGGCUCCUCUGGAACGGAAAUCCCUGCUGCAUUCAUCCCCAUUCAAGUUAGUCAUACAGAUACAGAUGCUAAGCCAACUUCACAAAAACCUCCUCCUGCAGCAGAAAAUGUGGAUAAAAAAAUUCCUUGCCCCCCUAAAGCUGCUCCCGUCGAAGAAAAACCUAUCCCACAAGAGCCUGAACCACAGAAGACUUCAGAAGAGCUUCAGAAGCAUCCUGGAGUCUUGAAAGUUGAAGCCAUUCUGCACAGAGCACAGACCCUGGAGCAGGCUGUCGAUUCCUUUCAAGGCAAGCAGAAUGACAAAAAAUACCUAAUAAUAGAAGAAGAUUUGACCAAACUGCUGCUAGCUUUGGACUCUGUGGACCCUGAGGGGCGUGUGGACGUCCGGCAGGCCAGGAGAGACGGUGUAAGAAAAGUUCAGAAUAUAUUGGAAAGGCUAGAACAGAAAGCAGAUGAUGUCCCAGAGCCCGUUGAAGGGGACGGACAUCAGCCACCUUUGCCUGAGAAUAAUCAACUGUCACAGGGGAAAAUGGGUGCUGAUCCUACGAUGGAGAACCUUCCCAAGGAGGCAAGUAGUGAGAAUGCCAAGGAGCAAAUCAAAGUAGAAGUGAAUCAACCUGGAUCUAAGGAGGAAGUAGCCACCGGCCUUGCCAAAGAAACAAAUAGACCUGAAAAUGUGACUGAACCAUAGCCACAAGGGGGGUGGAAUUAAAGUCCUCGGACUGUUUUAAGUUAAAGUGUGUGUUAAGUGAAAUUUAACUUGCAUGCAUUUCAGGAGCUUUGCACCAAUUGGUUUUUUUUAAUAAACAUAGCAGCUUGGGACACUGUAAACACUCAGGUGGGGGAGAUGUGGGGGCAAUAAGGAAAAAAUAAACCAUUUAAUCUAUUUUCUGUAUAUUGCUCAGAGGAUGCGUCUGAAGAAUAUCUUGUAAAAGAGUUGUUUUCGCACCACUCUGUGGUAGGGGAAGUAGGGUCAAUAUCAGCAAGUGAGACUAUUUAAAAGGCACUCGGUGUGGGGAGGAGGAAAUGUUUUCAAUAUUAGGCACUUUAAGUAAUGAUGCCUGAAUAGCAUGGUAAUAAAUUGUAGGGAUAUUUAUAUGUGUUAAGAACUUCAGUGCUAUAUUUUAAUUGGAAAAAAGAAAUAAAUAAUAAUGUAGAAACCUGA